CCCGUGAUGAAGCGUCUUCACCCUCAAGGCCUGCCGAGAAUGUGGUAAAUGAAACUUUUGCGGACUGCUCCAUGGAACAUAAUGUUGGUGCAGCCCCUGCUGAAACGUCUCCAUCCUCCCACCCCGUCCAGCAUGAAUCUUCACCCCUGAGAAUCUCCGAUGAUGCCUCCGCUGGAACGUCUUCACCCCUCCGCCCGGUCAUGACCAGUGCUGUUGACAGCUUCAGCAGUCCCAGACCCAAACCCGAUGCAUUUGUUUUUCUUUCAGAACUAAUUGGGUCAGAUAAUGUAGUACAAGAAAAUGUGUAUAAACGCAAUAUGAGAGAUGCGAAGCGAAAAUGGGCUUCAAAGGACAGGAACAAUGCACUAAAAAAAAUGAAGUUGUAAAAAAUACCAUUAAGAAAAUCUUUUCUUCCUUCAUUAAUUAUUACUGACACCCAGUAAUGUUUUGUGGGGGGUAGUAAACCUUCAUGAUUUGGUGUGAAUGUGAACAAUUGGUAUGUCGGAUAUUUUUCUUUGUAUGCAACGAAAUUGAGAACUAGAGG